CGCUCUCUGCUCCUCUGCUCUAUGGUCAGUGCCAGAAAUCUGAUGAAAAUUACUCGAAAGGAAAAUAUGGUCGUAUUACCCAUUAUCUCUAAACAUAAAAUAUAAGACGCUAUUUAGUUCAACAAGUUUAUUACGAAAUCUUCAAGCUUAAUAUAUAUUUUGUAAUUACUAGAAUGGCCGAAGAUUUUGAUGUAGAGGCAAUGCUCGAAGCUCCAUAUAUAAAAUCGGACACCACAUCCUCUUCAAAACAUCGAUCGGACAAGUAUUCUGAUAAGCACAGAGAUAGGGAAAAGGAUGGCAGUCGAAGACGCAGCAGAUCUCGAGACAAAAGAAGGUCGAGAGAUAGGGAUUCAAGACGCUCAAGAGACAGGGAUGAUAGAAAGAACAAGGAAAAAGAUAGAGAUAGGGAAAAGGACAGAGAUCGUAAGGAUCGUGACAAAGAUCGUAGUGACAGGCACAUAAAAGAUAAAGAUCGCGACAAGGAUAAGGAAAGGGAACGUGAAAGAGACAGGGAGAAGAGGCGAAGUAGAGACAAGGAACGGAGUAAAGAGAGAGAACGUAGUAAGGACAGGCACUCGAGACGCGAAAAAAGUCGGGAAGCAGAACCUAAAAACGAAUAUCGAUCUAAGUCAAGAGGAAUUGAACCUAAAUUAGAGGAUUUGCCCCCAGAGGAAAGAGAUUUGAGAACUGUAUUUUGUAUGCAGUUAUCUCAGCGUAUAAGAGCUAAAGAUUUAGAAGAAUUCUUUUCAUCUGUUGGGAAAGUUAGAGAUGUCAGACUUAUAACAUGUAACAAAACUAGGAGGUUUAAGGGGAUAGCAUAUAUAGAAUUUAAGGAUGCUGAAUCUGUACCAUUGGCAUUGGGUUUAACAGGACAAAAAUUACUUGGUGUCCCUAUUAUAGUACAACACACACAGGCAGAGAAAAACAGAGUAGGCAAUACUUUGCCUAACUUAGCUCCAAAGACAAGUAAUGGUCCCACUAGACUGUAUGUUGGCUCAUUGCAUUUUAAUAUUACAGAGGAUAUGUUGCGAGGAAUUUUCGAGCCAUUCGGGAAAAUUGAUCACAUCCAACUUAUGACUGACCCAGAAACAGGGAAAAGUAAAGGUUAUGGUUUUUUGACGUUCCAUCAUGCAACAGAUGCAAAGAAAGCAAUGGAACAAUUGAAUGGAUUUGAAUUAGCUGGAAGACCAAUGAAAGUAGGAAAUGUUACCGAACGCACAGACGGUGGCUCCAGUACUCGUUUUGAUGCUGAUGAACUAGACAGAGCAGGCGUUGAUCUUGGAGCAACAGGCCGUCUACAAUUAAUGUUUAAGCUUGCAGAGGGAACUGGAUUACAAAUUCCUCCUGCCGCUGCAUCUGUUUUAAUGGGGACUGGAUCGAAUAUAGUUGCUCCACAGCCACAAGUAGCGCCACCAAUAGCAACGCAAUGCUUUAUGCUCAAUAACAUGUUUGAUCCAGCCACAGAAACUAAUCCUCAUUGGGACAUCGAGAUCCGUGACGACGUGAUCAGCGAGUGCAACAAGCACGGCGGCGUGUUGCACGUAUACGUGGACAAGGCGUCGCCGCAGGGCAACGUGUACUGCAAGUGCCCCACUAUAGCUACGGCCGUCGCCUCCGUGAACUCGCUGCACGGGCGCUGGUUCGCGGGCCGCGUCAUCACGGCGGCCUACGUGCCCCUCGUCAACUACCAUUCCCUGUUCCCUGAUGCGAUGACCGCUCUCACGCUGCUUCUGCCUACGCGGCAACGGUAAAAGUGAAAACACAAGUAUGCUUCUCGUAUACUAACUAUAUAUUUAGUGGUGUUCAUAAUUCUAGGUAAUAAAAUAUACAUAUUAUU